GCAGACUGCAGACAUGGGGCUCCAGAAUUUGUUGUGUGUGACUGUGCUACUCUACAAUGUUACAGGAUGUCUGUCAAUUAUUGGGGGCCAAGACAUACGCAGGGGGGCGUGGCCUUGGAUGGUCCAUCUGGAGGUUUCCUACCGUAGGAAUUACACUGAGGAGUAUGGAGGAUCACUGGUCUCAGAUCAGUGGGUCAUGACCUCAGCAGGCUGGUGGACAGAGGAUGUGGACCUGGAGCGUUCGUUUGCUCAUGUCGGGGAACAGCCUGAAGGAACCUUCUGGAAGGCUGGUGAGGCUGAAGUGGGUGCUGCACCCAGAAUACCGUAACAACAGGGGGAUCUCCAACAACAUCGCCCUGGUGCAGCUGCAGGAGGCCGUGUGCUUCUCCGACACAGUGAAGCCCGUGGUACUGUCCAGCCCCCGAGACCAAUUCAGCGAGGACACUGAGUGCUGGCUCACCGGAUGGGGCCACAUCACUCUAGGUUGGCCGCUGGGUGGGAACCAGACUCUCCAGGAGGUGCAGGUGUCUCUGUUUGAUGAUGCAACAUGUCGUCAGAUCUACCCUUGGAUGACUGACAGAGAGCUGUGUGCCGGUGACCGGAAAGGAUUAAAGGGCGCCUGUUUGGGUGAUAGUGUUGCCCCCUUGGUGUGUGUCCUAGGCGAGGUGGAGAGGAGGUUUGUGCAGGUCGGACUGGUCAGCCAUUGGCAUUGUGCCCGUGACCUGGUGGGAAAACCAGAUGUCUACACACGCGUCCUCCACCACACACAGUUCAUCCGGGACACCAUCCAGGAGGCAGAAUGCAGCGAUCUGCCACCUUUUGAAGCAUGUUUUCUGUGAGCAACUAGUGCUGCUAUCUUAUUCACUUUCAUGGAUCAUGUGCCAUCUACACACCCCUUCUGGGGGCCACAUUCAUCUUGGACUACAAACAUCACACGGACACAAAGUCGCUUCUGCUUCUGUCUGUUAAUUUGAGGCACAACUGAAUGGUGUUAUGGAACCGUGGACC